CUGCCGCCACCGCCUGCGACAGGACCUGAGCCGAGAGGACGCUGCGCGAGCCAUGGCUGCGGCCCCCGCGGGGGCGGAGACCCGGCAGAAGCUGCUGCGCACCGUGAAGAAGGAGCAGUGUUGCUGACCUGUUCUAGUGGUGCCAUCUGUAUGCAGGAAGGACUGCUUCGAUCACUCCAGUGGGAGCAAGAUGGACUCAGCUGCAGGGGGUCAGUUUCUGCCCUGUGCUCACAGAUGACUUUGCAGUUGCUCUCAGAGCAUGAGCUUGCUCAGCUGGGUGAGCACCAGGGGAGCCUCCUUGGAGGGCUGUCUGAAGGACUGGACAGGACCACAAGUGGAGACAUGGAUGUAGGAGCCUCGUCCCCAGGCCCUGAACACCCUCCUGGUUCUUGGCAAGGUGAAGCAGAUCAUGGAAGAGGCCGUCACGCGCAAGUUUGUCCACGAAGACAGCAGCCACAUCAUCUCCUUCUGCGCCGCGGUGGAGGCCUGCAUCCUGCACGGGCUGCGGCGGCGGGCAGCUGGCUUCCUGCGCAGCAACAAGAUCGCGGCUCUCUUCAUGAAGGUGGGCAAGAGCUUUCCGCCGGCCGAGGAGCUGAGCCGCAAAGUCCAGGACCUGGAGCAGCUGAUCGAGAGCACGCGAAACCAGAUCCAGGGCCUCCAGGAAAAUGCUCGGAAGUUGCCCAAGCUGCCCAACCUGUCCCCACUCGCCAUCAAGCACCUGUGGAUCCGCACCGCCUUGUUUGAGAAGGUCCUGGACAAGAUUGUGCAUUACCUCGUGGAAAACAGCAGUAAAUACUAUGAGAAGGAAGCUCUCCUGGUGGACCCCGUGGACGGCCCCAUCCUUGCAUCCUUGUUGGUGGGGCCCUGUGCCCUGGAGUACACCAAGAUGAAGACCGCGGACCACUUCUGGACCGACCCCUCCGCCGACGAGCUGGUUCAGAGGCACCGCAUCCAUAGCUCGCACCUGCGGCAGGACUCGCCCAGCAAGCGGCCAGCCCUCUGUAUCCAGAAGAGGCAUUCGAGCGGAAGCAUGGACGACCGGCCGUCCCUGUCUGCCCGUGACUAUGUGGAGUCCCUGCACCAGAACUCCAGAGCCACCCUGCUCUACGGCAAGAACAAUGUUCUGGUUCAGCCGAGGGACGACAUGGAGGCUGUACCUGGGUACCUGUCCCUGCACCAGACAGCUGACAUUAUGACCUUGAAGUGGACACCCAACCAACUGAUGAACGGGUCCAUGGGGGACCUGGACUAUGAGAAGAGUGUCUACUGGGACUACGCCAUGACCAUCCGCUUGGAGGAGAUUGUCUACCUGCACUGUCACCAGCAAGUGGACAGCGGCGGGACAGUGGUGUUGGUCAGCCAGGAUGGGAUCCAGAGGCCGCCCUUCCGCUUCCCCAAGGGCGGGCACCUCCUGCAGUUCCUCUCGUGCCUGGAGAACGGGCUGCUUCCCCACGGGCAGCUGGACCCGCCUCUCUGGUCCCAGCGGGGAAAGGGCAAAGUGUUUCCCAAGCUGCGCAAGAGAAGCCCUCAGGGUUCCUCGGAGUCCACAUCUUCAGACAAGGAGGAUGAGGAGGCCACAGAUUAUGUGUUCCGGAUCAUCUACCCUGGCUCGCAGUCUGAAUUUGCUGCCCCCGACCUCUUGGCCAGCGCUUGCCCCAUCUCUGUGGGCCCCGCCUGGAUGAUGAUUGCUGCUGGUCAGUCCACGCUGGUAGUGGCCAGGGGGAGUCGGUGGGCACGAACCAGAUGGAAUACCGCCCUCCCCACACCAGGCCUGAAGGAGCAGCCCCCCUUCCCCCAGGAUCUGAUGGAUGUCUCCGUGAACAACCUCCCAUCCCUAUGGCAACCCAGCCCCCGGAAAUCCUCCUGCUCGUCCUGUUCUCAGAGUGGUUCAGCUGGUGGCAGCUCAACCAAUGGCUGCAACCAUGAGAGGGCUCCUCUGAAGCUGCUCUGUGACAACAUGAAGUACCAGAUCCUCUCCAGAGCCUUUUAUGGAUGGCUCGCCUACUGCAGACACCUGUCCACCGUGAGGACCCACCUGUCAGCCCUGGUCAAUCACAUGAUCGUGUCUCCGGACUUGCCCUGUGAUGCUGGCCAGGGGCUGACAGCCAGGAUCUGGGAGCAGUACCUUCAGGACAGCACGAGUUACGAGGAGCAGGAGCUGCUGCGGCUCAUCUACUAUGGAGGCAUCCAGCCCGAGAUCCGCAAGGCCGUGUGGCCCUUCCUCCUGGGCCACUAUCAGUUCGGGAUGACAGAAACGGACAGGAAGGAGGUGGAUGAGCAGAUCCAUGCCUGCUACGCACAGACCAUGUCGGAGUGGCUGGGAUGUGAGGCCAUCGUGCGGCAGAGGGAGCGGGAGUCCCACGCAGCCGCGCUGGCCAAAUGCUCAUCGGGGGCCAGUCUGGACAGCCACCUGCACCGGAUGAUGCACAGGGACUCCACCAUCAGCAAUGAGUCUUCCCAGAGCUGCAGUUCCGGCCGCCAGAACAUCCGCCUGCAGAGCGACUCCAGCAGCAGCACACAGGUGUUUGAGUCCGUGGAUGAGGCAGAGCAGGUGGAAGGAGAAGGCCGACUGGAGGAGAAACAACCCAAGGUCCACAACGGGAACCUAGAAAACGGCCCGUGCUCCCCAGACUCUGGCCAUCCAUCUUCCCACAACUUCUCCUCUGGCCUCUCGGAGCACUCGGAGCCCAGCCUCAGCACCGAAGACAGCAUCCUGGACGCCCAGCGGAGCGUGCCCCCGGCCCUUCCACCUGGGGACAGCAGCGUGGACGACGGGCAGAGCAGCGAGGCCACCACCUCAAGGGACGAGGCCCCUCGCGAGGAGCUGGCAGUGCAGGACCGAUUGGAGAGCGACAGCCUGGCCAAUGGGAGCCUGGACGAGUUCAUGUCCAUCGCCGGCAGCAUGGACGUGGCCCUGCCCGAGAAGGACGGUGCGGCAGGGGAGGGCUGGCGGGGCUGCAAGGCCGAGAAGCGCAGCCAGGCGGACAGCGAGGACAACCUCUCGGAGGAGCCCGAGAUGGAGAGCCUCUUCCCCGCCCUGGCUUCCCUGGUCGUGACCACUUCUGCCAACAAUGAGGCGUCCCCCGUGUCGUCCAGCGGCGUCACCUACUCCCCGGAGCUGCUGGACCUGUACACCGUGAAUCUGCACCGCAUUGAGAAGGACGUGCAGAGGUGUGACCGCAACUACUGGUACUUCACACCCGCCAACUUGGAGAAGCUGCGCAACAUCAUGUGCAGCUACAUCUGGCAGCACAUUGAGAUCGGCUAUGUCCAGGGCAUGUGUGACCUUCUGGCUCCGCUGCUGGUCAUCCUGGAUGAUGAGGCCCUGGCCUUCAGCUGCUUCACAGAGCUCAUGAAGAGGAUGAACCAGAACUUUCCCCACGGAGGCGCCAUGGACACGCACUUUGCCAACAUGAGGUCGCUGAUCCAGAUCCUGGACUCGGAACUCUUUGAGCUGAUGCAUCAGAACGGGGACUACACCCAUUUCUACUUCUGUUACCGCUGGUUCCUGCUGGACUUCAAACGAGAACUCAUCUAUGAUGACGUCUUCGCCGUCUGGGAGACCAUCUGGGCAGCCAAACACGUCUCGUCCGCCCACUACGUCCUGUUCAUCGCGCUGGCUCUGGUGGAAGUCUACCGCGACAUCAUCCUGGAGAACAACAUGGACUUCACGGACAUCAUCAAGUUCUUCAAUGAAAUGGCCGAGCGACACAACACCCGGCAGGUGCUGCAGCUGGCCCGGGACCUCGUGUACAAGGUGCAGACCCUGAUUGAGAACAAGUAGAGGGCGCCACCCGUACCCGCCCUUCUCCCACCCUCCUUUCCUCUGGUGAGCCCGGCCUGGGCGCCCGCCCUGGAGUCUGCUCAUGAAUGUGGCUCCUGUGCCCAGAGAAAGGGCCCUGCUUUGGCCGCGGGCAGGUGGGUCCAGGUCAGUCCAGCCUUACGUUUUCCUGUUUGACCAAAGAUUGACCAAGCCUGAGGCCUCCGCCACGGGUCUGGCUGCAGAUGGACAGAGGAGGCCUCUUCCCUCUGCCCUGUCUGUCCCCCAACCCUUCCUCAUCUGUCCAGAAGAGGUCUGGAGAGGUCUCUGGGGCUCCCACUGUGCCCUCAAAGCGGCCUUUGGAGACAUCCAAGAACAUGCUGGAAGGCUGGCCUACGGGGGCCCCUCCCGCAGCGCUGCCUUGGAGGUCCGCGGGUUCCUGGUGGCGGGCUGCCCCACACAUCUAGGAUGCUGAGCGGCCUCCUUGGCUUCCACCCAGAUGCCAGGAGCUCUGUCCCCACCUCAUGCCUGUUGUGACAAUCCCAAAUGUCCAGAACAUCCCUGGAUGUCCCCUGCAGGGCAGAAUUGUCCCCAUUUGAGAUGUCUCCCCUGCCUCUCUGUUUUGCCAAGCCAUCCUCUGUCCUGAGGCCUCCCCCAAGAGAAAGGGCGCACGGGGUCCUUCCCAGGCUCCCCUGGACUCUGGGGCUGCUCUGCUGCAUUAGCUUGUUUUCCCUCCUCGACGUGAUGCCAGGAGACACUUCUUUUCUUCUUUUCAAGAAAAGCAUCUUCCUGCAAGUAGCUGGAGUCUGAGGACUUCUGUGGGCGCCAGGUCCAGGCUCUGCAGGGCUCUGUGCACCUCAAGGCCGGACGGGGUCCCCUCCCAGUGCCUCUUCCUGGGGGAGACCUCACUGGGCCUGGUGCGCAGAGGCCUAUGGGGAGAGCCUCAUUCAGGGGGCCGACCUUUCCCUAAGCGCUUUGUUCACUCAGGACAAAGGAGGGAAAUGAGACGGGAUUGGCCAGGGCAGGGCUGGCUUCUGUUGUCCUUGGGGAGCAUCUGCUGAUAAGCGGGGCCCAGGGCCAUGGCUGGGUCCAGGAAGAGUCCCCUGUGCACCUGCCCAUCAGGGACACAGUCUACAGACCACGAGCUUCAGCACCUGCCCCUGCCCUCAGGCAGAGCAGCCGGCCAGCUCUCCCAUCAAAGAACAGACCUGGACAGGCCAGAGAGCAGGAGGCUGGGCGGAAGCUCCUCCCACUAGACCUGCUGCCUCUGGGGUCACCAAGGGCCACCUGCAGCUUGGGAUGGGAGGAAGUGGGGAAGUGGAUUUAAGAUCUGAGAGGCUGCAACCAGGUGGGGAGAGUCUCUCCUGCCUCCCUUCCUCCUGCUGCAUCUGUCCUCCGCCCUCCCCCAAGGGGACAGGAUGGAGAGAGGCCUGGCUGCUGCCUGAGGAGAGUCCCAUGGGAGUCACCUUCGCCCCACCCAGCUCCUGCUCUGCCCCACCGUAGCAGGAAGGGGAGGGGACAGCCUGGUCCCCAGCUUCCCAAGACAGAGGGGCCUGUGGGACAGAAGUGCACUUUGCCACUCAGCAGUUCUCUACGGGGGAUGGUACUGAGCACAGCCCAGGCCCCAGGCCUCCCGAGUCCUAUUUAUUUUUUUAUCAGAAAGUCUCAAAGUACAGCACAAGAUCUCUCCUCAGCCUCCCCUGUGGCGCGCCGAGUGUCUGUGGUUGUAGUUUGGAGUGACUUUAUAUUUACACAGUUUACCUGCUCUCAUUCAGACUUCGUUGGUUGUGUGUGUCUGUGUCUGUGUCUGUGUGUCCUGGAGCUGAACGUGAGAGACCCUGUCUGUGAGCUGCCCUCUUUUCCUUUCCCCAGUGUUGGCCACAUAUCUUGUAAAUGUUUACUGGAGAAUUGCGUCUAUAUGUGGAGAGAAAAUAUAUAUGAGCAGAGAAACAUAA